GCGGCGAUGGCGGCGGCGGGGCCCGGGCCGGGGGCGGCGGGGGUCGCGGGCCGCUUCGCGGGGCUGUCGCUGGUGCAGCUGAACGAGCUGCUGGAGGACGAGGAGCAGCUGACGAGCAUGGUGCAGGAGAUGGAGGAGACACAGAACGUUCAGCUUAACAAAGAGAUGACUCUUGCCAACAACCGGAGCCUGGCAGAAGGAAAUCUUCUGUACCAACCGCAACUGGACACUUUGAAAGCCAGUUUGACCCAAAAAUACCAGGAACUGCAGGUUCUCUUUGAAGCCUAUCAGAUCAAGAAAACCAAAUUAGAUCAGCAAUCCAGCAAUGCUUCUCUGGAGACGUUGCUAGCCCUUCUUCAAACAGAAGGAGCUAAGAUUGAAGAAGAUACAGAGAACAUGGCGGAGAAGUUCCUUGACGGAGAAGUCCCACUAGAUUCAUUCAUUGACGAAUAUCAAAAUAAGCGGAAACUCGCUCAUUUACGUCGAGUAAAAAUUGAGAAACUUCAGGAAAUGGUGCUCAAGGGCCAGAGACUUCCAAAGGCCCAAGUCCAGUUGCAGCCUAGGGUGCCAGAUUCAACACCAGCUCCCAUGGUGCCCUACCCAGCUUCAGAUGUCAGUGUGCCCCCUUCGGUUGUGCCGCGGCGUAUCCCUCCGCCACCACCCCCAGUCCCUGCUGGACGGUUCGCGACUCCAUUUACAGUGGCCAUGGGAUCAGGACAGGCCCUUCCUUACCCGGGAUUGCAGUGCCCUCCUCUUCCUCCCAGGGUGGGCCUUCCCUCUCUUAGUCACAACCCCCAGCCAGGAUACCCUGCUCAGUUUGCAUCACCGUACCCCCCGGCCCUCCCUCAGAGACCUCCUCCCAGGCUGCCUCCACAUCCUGGCUUCAUCCUUCAGUGAGCCUGCGGCUGCACCUCCAUCCCUGAGUCAGUGCAUGGAGUUUAUAUUACUCCUUCCCCAAUCUGUGGGGAACCCUUCUGGGCUCUGCACACACGGGAGGAGAAAAAGGCCAGACGGGCUCAUCUGGGGGCUCCGUUUCUUGUGGGGCAAGAACAUGUGGUGUUUUUAGAAUCAUCGUUUCUUUGGUAGGUAGUGUGAUGCCGCUUGAUUUGUGUAAACCCAGCAGGUUCUGUAAGCUGGGCGGGAGAAAGAAGCUGACUGCUCUGGGUUUGUUUGCAACUCUUGGUGAGAUCUCUUAAUGUUCUAGUGCUGAUAGCUGAGAAAUUUGGGUUAGAAGAAAAACUUAGCUACCUGCCGUUGUUCCAGCCACAUCUAGAAUUGUCUUCCCAUUGCAGUUCAUUUCAGCAUGUUUCAUUCUAGGUUGAUUUUCAAAAGCCAAUUCCACACUGAUCAGGCCGGUAUCGGAUGGUAACUGUCUUUGCUUAGGGGCAAAGCAGCAUUGGGGUUCUCUGCUGCUUUUAAAAUCCCAGAUGGGCACAGCAGGUAUGAAAUUUGGUAUAUUUACUUUCUACAUGGAAUCUACUUUUGGGGGAAAAUCAUUACUAGCACUCUCCACCUCCCACCCACCCCCAAACCUUGCUGCUUUUAAGAUGCUUAGAAGCCACAAAGCAAAGUUUGCACUUGCUUAAAUGCUGUCUGUACCUUCAGAGGCUCAGAAAUCCAGGCCCUGUGGAGAGAACUGGAGAGGGAAGUGGGACCUGGGUUUUUGUGUUAAGAUUCCGUACCCGAUAUUUCCUCUUCAUCCCUCUCCUUCCCAUACCCGCCCCCAAAGAGCUCACCCCCAAUAAUUUUCCAAUAAGAAACCCUCCAAAAAUAUUUUUACAACUUGUGAAAUUUUUCUGUUUUCUACAAAAAAAAAAGUUUAAUGCUCACAGCACCAUUCAGGGAGACUAUCAAAAAUA